CUUUCUCUCUCUUCACUGAGAAACUGGAAAGAGUGUUUUUCAGUCUUCACACUCACACAUCUCCCUUUUUCCCUCCAUUCCUAGGGUUUUGAACAGGGUUUUCUUCAAACUCAGUUCAUUUCCAUCCCCAAAUCUCGACCCCAAACCCUCGAAUUGCUUCCACAUUCUUGUUAAUAGAGCACCACAGACCUCAAAAUUCAUGGCUUUUUCGUUAUUUUCUACGCCACAACAACAGCAACAACCACAGUCAUCGCCGUUUCAGACUCAGCAGCAGUCCCAGCCAUUUCAGCAGACCAGUCCUUUCUUUUCUCAACCUCAGCAACAACAACAAACGCCCCAACAAUUUCAACCUCAACAGCAACAGCAACAGCAAUCUCCGUUGUUUCAGCAGCCACAGCAGCAGCAAUCCCUGUUGUUUCAACCUCAGCAGCAGCAGCAACAGGUGCAACAACAACAGCAGCAGCAACAGCAACAACAACAGUUGUUUUUGUUUACUAACGAUAAAACUCCUGCGACUUAUAGUACCAAGUGGGCUGAUCUCCAUCCUGAUUCCCAGAAAGUUUUACUUCAAAUCGAGGAACGGAUACUGGAAUAUAGAGAUGAGAGCCAGAGGCUUGAUCAGUGUAGUCGGCUUUAUGAUUCCUCAGUUUCCAAUCAUGGAUUUGAGCAAGACGCAAGCCAUAUUGUUCAGGAACUCAGCGGAAUUAGUACUGAUGUGGAAAGACAAAAAGCUUUGCUGUUGGAACUAAUGACAGUUGUGAAAGAUAUGUUACGAAGUACUGAGGUUGCUGUUCGUUCUUUCAUGAUGCUACGCCCAAGGUUUGUUCAUCCAAAUUCAGGAAAUGCUUCUAUAGCCACGGCACCAUCACAACCUUCUGGAGCAACAGGCUCUAGUAGUCAACAAAUUGCUACAUCUAUUGUCCCUGUUUUUGAUUUCUACAAUGGAAUUCCACGGAAGCCCUCCCCUUUUCUACAGCAAACAGUUGCUAGGUUUGAAAAGUAUCUCAAUGAGUGUCGUCAGUGGAUUGAAGAGUUAGAGCAAUUGCUUUUCUUAGACUCUGAAAAGAGCACUUGCAAUGCAGCAUCUUUGUUGCAGUCUCUUCCAAAAGUUAUGUCAAAUGUCCAUGAUUUUUUUGUUCAUGUUGCUGCUAAGGUGGAGAGUAUUCAUCAGUAUAUUGAAUCCAUGAGAACAGCUUAUCUUGCUGACCAACGCCGUCGAGGUGAGGUGAACGAUCCAUUUCUUGAGGCUGAUCGACGUGAAACAGCAAGACAAGAGGCUGCUGCUAAAAGGGUACAUCCAACAUCACAUUUGCCUGCAAAUCCACAACCAUCAACUCAAUCUACAGCAUUGGUCACUUGGGGAGCUCAAGCGACAUCCAGUACACCACAGACGGUUACAGUUGCUCCAGUAGCUUCAUCAGGGAGUGGGCUUUCACUCUUCAGUACACCUUCUGCCCCAUCUUCAUCCAUGCCUUCAAUGUUUGCGACACCCGCUACUUCUGCUCCAACAUCCUCUCUGUUUGGAUCAUCUUCUGCCACACCCCAGACCUCUCUUUUUGGCUCUUCAUCAUCUUUAUUUGGGUCUAGUUCCACCCCUUCCCUGCUUGGUAGUACUGCUCCAGCUUUUGGUUCUUCCACUCCUGCUGGAAGUUCACUAUUUUCAACACCAUUUGCCUCAGGUACUGCAAUGGGUUCUGGGGCUAGUUUUGGUGCUGCGUCGGUAAGUGAAUUUUCUUUGAGCUUUAAGCCUGUCAGUGCCUCUUUUUUGUCUGUUACUUUUUUAUUUGCUUUUUCCUGAAGCAUAUAAUUAACUUGUGAAAACUCUACACUAGUUUACAUUACAUAUGGAUAAACCAUCUUUGUGUUUUACGUCUUCUUCACAGAAAUCAUCUAAGCCGAAAUCUCGAACUGGCCGGCGUUAGUCAUUAAUGAGUCCAGGUGGUGAAAUCUAGAAGGACCUUUGUAUAUGCAUAUAAUCAAGGAAAGGUCCUUUGCUCUCUAAUUUAGCCAAAAGAAGUGGUGGGGGUGGAGUUCUUUGCUCUCUUUAUUGUUUGAAGUUGGCUAUUUUGUAUUUUUGAGAUUGAGGAAAUCAUAGCAAUUGAGUUCAAGAACAAUGAAGUAUAACUUGAGAUGCUUCUGGACAAGACAUUCAAGUUCCUCCCCAGUCCAUUUGUUCAUCAAAAUUUCAACAAAAGUUAAGAGGUGUUAAAUAAUCCUUAGAUGAUUUUUGAUGUAAAAUUUGUUCGGUUGCCUCAUUUUUUUGAAUGUCAAUUAGUGUAGGGGCUCAUUUUUUUUGCAUGUUAAUUAGUCUACUGACCUUCACACCAAACUCAUCAGAUAAUGUACUCGGGUAGUAUUGAUUGUAAUGUUGAUUGAUGUCAAAUAAACUCAUUUUCUGACA